ACAUAUAUACACUUCCUACAGAAUCUACACACAACUUAUAGAAUAUAUACAUAAUAUAUAUAUAUAUAUAUAUAUCAGUCCAAACGUAGGUCGGUACGAUGGAAACAUUCCCAGUUGUGAACAUGGAGAAGCUCAAUGGAGAAGAAAGAGAAGCAACGAUGAACCUAAUCAAUGAUGCUUGUGAAAAGUGGGGAUUCUUUGAGAUUGUGAAUCAUGGGUUAUCAACUGAGCUUUUGGACACCGUGGAGAAGAUGACAAAAGCGCAUUACAAGAAGUGCAUGGAAGAGAGGUUCAAAGAAAUGGUGGCUAACAAAGGCUUAGAAGCGGUUCAGAACGAAAUUGAAGAUUUGGAUUGGGAAAGCACUUUCUAUCUUCGACAUCUCCCUGAAUCCAACAUCUCUGACAUCCCUGAUCUUCAAGACGACUACAGGAGGGUGAUGAAGGAGUUCGCAAAAGAAAUAGAAAAACUAGCUGAAAAAAUGUUAGAGAUAUUAUGCGAGAAUUUGGGGCUGGAGAAAGGUUACCUCAAGAAAGCUUUUUGUGGCGCAAAGGGCCCCACAUUCGGGACCAAAGUGAGCAACUAUCCGCCAUGUCCGAAUCCAGAUCUAAUCAAGGGGCUGAGGGCCCACACCGACGCUGGCGGUGUCAUCUUGCUCUUCCAGGAUGAUAAGGUCAGUGGGCUCCAGCUACUUAAAGACGACAAGUGGAUUGAUGUUCCACCGAUGCACCACUCCAUUGUAAUUAACCUGGGAGAUCAGCUAGAGGUAAUCACCAAUGGAAGGUACAAGAGUGUGAUGCAUAGAGUGAUUGCUCAAACAGACGGAACCGGGCGUAUGUCGAUAGCCUCUUUUUACAACCCAGCAAGUGAUGCGCUCAUCUACCCUGCUCCACAACUCAUCAGCCACCACCACAAUAACCAGUACCCAAAAUUUGUGUUUCAGGACUACAUGAACCUCUAUGCUGGCCUCAAAUUUCAAGCAAAGGAGCCUCGUUUUGAAGCCAUGAAGAAGAAGACCAACACCAUGGAAGACUCUGUCAAUGUGAUUGCCACCGCUCGAUAUGUGUUGGCGAUGGCGUCAUCUGUUGUUUCUUCUUCUUGUUGUUCAUUCUUACCACCACCGAAUCCAACAACAACAAGAAGAAAGCUUCCUUCUUCUUCUUUAUCUAAUUUUUGUAUCAAUUUUUACAACUCAAAUAAUAAUAAUAAUAAUAAUAAUUGUUCAAUUGGGUCUUCUUCUCUUCUUCCAACAACGCUCAGCGGCUGGAGGAGGAAGAGGAGCAUAAUAUUAUUAUGUAAGAAGGAGGUCAUGGCAACUGUUUUGCGAGAUAAUGAACACAAAGUUACCCUGGAUGAUGAUGACACGUUGACUUCUCCCCCUUCCCCUUCUGCUGCUGAUAAACACAUACCCCCAAAUAAUCCCUCUUCUUCUUCUUCUUCUUCUUAUGUUGAGAAAUUCGUCAUCAACAUUGAACAAUCUAUCAACAUCUUCCUUACGGAUUCAGUAAUCAAAGUGCUCGACACCUUGUACCAUGACAGAGACUAUCCAAGAUUCUUUGUUCUCGAAACUAUAGCAAGAGUCCCUUACUUUGCUUUUAUGUCUGUUCUUCACAUGUACGAGAGUUUUGGUUGGUGGAGAAGAUCAGAGUAUCUGAAAGUCCACUUUGCUGAGAGCUGGAAUGAGAUGCAUCAUCUUCUUAUUAUGGAGGAGUUGGGGGGAAAUGCCUGGUGGUUUGACCGGUUCCUUGCUCAACAUAUUGCGGUCUUCUAUUAUUUCAUGACGGUGUUUAUGUACAUUUUGAGCCCAAGAAUGGCAUAUCAUUUUUCUGAAUGCGUGGAGAGCCAUGCCUUUGAGACUUAUGACAAGUUUAUUAAGGCAAAAGGAGAUGAACUGAAAGAACUACCUCCGUCUAAAGUUGCUGUGAAAUACUACACAGAAGAUCUGUAUUUGUUUGAUGAGUUUCAAACCGCAAGACUGCCCAACACUCGAAGGCCAGUGAUAGAAAAUAUGUAUGAUGUGUUUAUGAACAUUAGAGACGAUGAAGCAGAGCAUUGUAAGACAAUGAAGGCAUGUCAAACUCAUGGGAACCUUCGUUCUCCUCAUUCCAACAAUGGAAACUUUUCGUCUGAAGAUGAUUUGGGUUGCAUCCUGCCUGAUGCCGACUGUGAAGGUAUUGUAGAUUGUAUGAAGAAAUCCAUUACGAAUCAACCCAUAAACCAUACGCCAUAAAUACACAUAAAGAGGUAUAUAAGAGAUGAGAGUAGUGCUGAAUAACUAUACACAAUAUAUAGAUCCAAUACGAAUUGUAAUCUUAGAAAUUAUUGUAACCGAGUUUUAUAAUUAGUGCUUACCAUAUUUUCCAUCAUUCUA